GUACAUCCAGACGCCCGCCGCUGACACGUAUAGCACCACAGUGUCCGCGGACGUAGACGGCAACGUCUACAACUACGACCAGCUCAUUGUCUACUCCAAGUCGCAUCCCGUCAUCGAUAUCAAGUCCAAGUGCCCCAAUUCUAAACCUAGCAGAAUCUACCUCAAGGCCGAUACUCUAAGCUCCAACCACGGAAAGUUUGAAACUAAAGUGGAGAACGUUCGCGACAUUUCCAUCGACGCGAAUGGUGAAGCUAAUAUCCAGAAAGACAACGUUGCUUUCAAACUCUUCCUCAAUUCUGAUAAACUUGGUGUCAAGAACUACAAGAUCGACAUUACAAGCAAGGACGCUGAUAACGGCAAGCGGUUGGAAUUUCACGCAACUAAUGAUGGCAAGAAUAUGCUUAGUGGAAGCACCUCGUUCAUUAGCAAGCACGAGGGCCCGAAAACUAUCAUCGAGGGCUCUGGCUCUGUGAAGGUCAAGAACGAGCAGAAGUCCGCCAACUUCAAGUACAUCAGCACGCAGCUCACUGACGGCAACGAACAAGGCAUUGAGGAAUUUGUAAAUCUGGCAAUCGGCGGCAGCAGCUACGUGGCGGAACGCCGCAUCACCAACCUCGAGUACAAAACCUCCUACGCCUACUGCGAGGAGAAAAAACAGUGCGCUAGCGCUGAAUUGCAGUCCAAGAUCAACGUACCUAAACCUGGCAGUACAGAUCCCCUGCAGCACCUAUUGAACGUCGUAUUCGACCUCCGCAAGCUCGGAGUGGCCCCUGAAUUCGGGUUGCAGAUCAUCAACGAGGUCUCCGAGAAGCGUCUGCCGCAGUACAGUCUGGACCUGCAUAUCAACAAGGACGAUAAGAAGUAUUCCCUUCAUGCCUACAGUCAUCCUGAAUAUGGCAAAUUCCCAGCCGGCAUCACAGUGACCCUACCCCAGCGAGUGCUAGCCCUAGAAUCUCUUGUCACUUACCCAACGAACAAAGCUCUUCCAUUCCCCAUUAAGGGAGAAGUAGCUCUCCACCUGGACAAGAACAAGCCGCAAACCAAGACAGCUGCCAGGUUUAUGGUCGAUUUCGCCGACAACAAGCAGCAGCGUAACGCCGUCGCUGAAAUUGGAUUCAGCCAUCCUAAACUAGGCAGGGAGGCCCUGCUGAAGUUCCGUGGUAACUUGGCCCAAACCAACGAAAACACCUUCAAAGUUGAAUACUUCGCUGUAGCCAGCCAUCCCACUCUUGGAAAAGACCGUGAAGCCAAGCUGUUCUUGGAAGUCAACCCAGUUCAUAUCAAGUUAUUGAUCGAGAAUCCGUUCCUGAAAGUUAUCGACUUGGAAGGCUCAGUUGUUGUGAAGGACAACCUACAACAGGGAGACCUCAAAUUCGCUCUGCUAGAAAGCAAACCCGUAACCGUGCACACCAUAGUCAAGGACUUUACUUACUAUGAAUUCACUGUUGAUGAACACGAUCAUAAGCUAUCGGUCAUCGGACACUUACAACCCGAGCAACGUGUGGAUAUCAGCGCAGACAUCUUCGUGAAGAAUGAGAAGAAGAAUAUUGCAUUCGGCGCCCUCUAUUUGAAGGAUAACCUCGUUAAAAGUGACUACGGACUUUCUAAGGAUAACUUAAAGUACUUCACGACUGCGCUCCAAAGCGAGCUGUCAUCACUAAAGCAACAUGUGGAACAGCUCGGAGAAAAGGCCAGCCAAGAUGUUAAGAGCACGCUCAAGCAAGUUGAGCCCAAAUUCAAGGAGUUGCAGAAGGCUUACGUUGAGGAAAUCGAAAAGGUGUACAAGGAGCUCGCCAACGAUAAGGUGUUGAAGGAGAUUUCUGAAGGCUUAUACCAAAUCGUCACGUACUUCGCGAAAUUCAUCGACAGCAUCAUGCAAGUGACCAAGCCCGUUAUCGACCAGAUUGUGAACACUGUCCAGGAAACCGCCAAGAAGGGACUCGAACUUUUUGAGAAACAGGUCGAGCCUCAACUUAAGCAGCUGUAUGCGAACAUCGCCGCUGUACUGCAGGAAUACUUCGAGGGUCUUUUGGACAUCGUCGCCCACUUCGCCGCUCUCGUUCAAGACUUCUUCGAUAAGCACAAGCCCGAGCUGCAGGAGCUCACUAACACGUUCGCUGAGAUUUUCAAAGACCUGACCCGACUGUUGGUCGCACAGCUGAAGGAAUUCCGCGCCAAAGUUGGACAGAUUGCUCCCGAGAUAAUACAACAGAUCAAGGAACUGCCCAUCAUCAAUCUUAUCAAGGAAAAGUACCAAGAGCUGGCCAUCCCCGAGCAAGCAUUGGGUCUGCUGGAGGAGGGUCACAACACUGUUCGCGAGCUGCUGCCCACAGAAGAGACGAAGAAAUUCGCUGACGCAUUUGUCAACUACGUUUUGAAGAAACUCCGUCAAGAGAAAGUGGACGACUCAGCUGAACUGCGCAGAGUAUACGAGAAGUUCACCGUGGCUCUCACGUCACUGGUCAAUCAUGUAAGACAGCAGCUCGGAGGCGUCGCUGGACCGGCCUUCCUGAACAUCAAUACUCUGCCACUCUUCUCUGGCCCCGGUCAAGUAUCAGCACCAUCGUUCGCGGGCGGAGUCUCGUUCAGUCUCCUGAACCAGUUCUUGAAGGGCGACGUGCCCGACCCGCUGUCACUUUUACGCGCCUACAGGCCACGACGGCUGAAUCCGUUUGAUGAAAUCCCCGCUGUCCUCCGCGCCGUGGUGGUGAACGGCCAGCACAUAUUCACGUUCGACGGUCGCCACCUCACGUUCCCCGGCUCCUGCCGCUACGUGCUGGCCCAUGACUUCGUCGAUCGCAACUUCACUCUCGCCCUCCAGCUCGCCAACGGAGCCCCGAAAUCUCUCAUCCUGCAGGACAAGAGCGGAACCACCCUCGAACUCAAGGACAAUGGACAGGUUGCGGUUAAUGGCGCGUCUCAUGGCUACCCAGCGAUCGAGAAAGACGUGUUCGCGUUCAGGGAAACCGGCGGACGCGUUGGACUCGGCUCGCGCUAUGGCUUGAUGGUCUUCUGCAGAAACAAACUUGAAGUAAGUACACACAUUUAAUGUCAGGGACUCAUA